GCGUGCUUUACGCGCCAGCUUUGGCCUUAGCCAGCGAGCGACGGAACCGCGGCGGAGGAUGGAGAGCAGCGAAGAGGCGGCCGUCGAGAAAUGCCGAAUCCACUUGCGCCCGGGCACGCUGCGCGAUGCACCUCCCGCCACGUUGCACCUUCUGCCCUGCGAGGUUCUGGUUAACCGGCCCGCCCCCGUGGAGUGCUUCUUCACCCCAGCCAUCCGCCAGAGGCCCGACGGACUGGAAGUGUCGUUUCGGGGCCGCAGGCUCCGCGGCGAGGAGGUGGUGGUGCCGCCCGGCCUCGUGGGAUACGUGAUGGAGGAAAAGGGAGAGGUGUUGGUGGGGAAGGACCCCUCGGUGGGUUCGUCGAAUGACGAUGAGCCAGAGCAGCAGGAGCUGGUGGAACCCCCAGAGGCGCUGGAGCGGGACUUUGACCGCUUUUUUGGAGCCACCGGUAGUUUCAGUCGCUUCACGCUUUGGGGCCUGGAGACCAUCCCCGGUCCGGAUGCCAGAGUGCGUGGGGCCCUGGCCUGGCCCCGUCUCGCUGCAGCGAUUCACGCACAGGUGCCUGAGGACUGAGACCUGGAGCCUGAAACUGAAAGCUGCCGGUCCCUUCACCCCAGUAAACCAGCUCUUCACACUGGAGCCGCUGACUCCAUCACCCCAAAUAAACAAGCUCUUCACA